CAGCGCACCCCAUUUCCAUCGCCCAUCAUACCCUUGGGUUGGGUUACCAUAUUAUCAACCAGAUGCUCUAUCAUAUCCGAAUGCCUCCUGCCAGUCGAGCCCAUCCACUCAUCAUUAGCAAGGCAUCUUUUAUCUCAUCAUAUUAUCCUUUUUCGCUGCGGUCUCUGGCAACUGAGAUAUCUUCCCCCCCCUUUUUACACCCAUCCCUGGGAAUGCGUUCCUCCUAUGGUACCGGCGGUCGUCCACGGGAAAAGGUUUCCCGCUCCAGAACCGGUCCCCCACAAUCGUAUCCUUUUCAUGGUAUGCCUUCAUAUUGUCCUGUCCCUAUACAUGCGUACCGUAUCUAACUUUAUCCUGCCCGCAAAGUCCUCAGGGCUGAGAGGAGGGAAAUAGAUCAUCCGGAAUCAUGACCCUCCGCGCCCCAUCGACAUUGCCAACCCAUCAACCUCUCACUUAAUCCACUCAUUUUAUGCUGCUGCGGAGUUCGAUCACUUCCCCUUUGGUCGAUGGCCAUAUCCAAUUUCCCUUACACAUACUGCAAAAGGUGGGACAACUCCAUGCGAUGCAGUACUUGUAAGGCUUUCAGAGAAACAGCGAUCUCCAUUCCCAUUUGGUUUUUACCGCUACACACCCCCAACGGGGACGUAGGGCGAAUCUCAGCCGGCCCGGUCCCGCCGCUCAAAUCUCCUUCGAGAGUCACAAGCCCAGGUUCGUUAUCUCUCGGACCUAUCGCCUCCAUAUCGGUGUUGCCGGUGAGUUUAUAAAGCUGCUCCUGCUCCCCGCUUUUCUGAGAGCCACGAAUCCCGAGAAACUAUCCACCACAAUCCCCAUUCCCCGCACUCAUAUAGAGAUAUAUCGGAUACAAUCUAUUCAAUCAUGACCUACAAGUCCUCAAACUCGAAGCCUUCACACUCCACACGGAGAACGGGUGCUCGCGCAUCCCUUCAUCACCAUCACCCUCCAUCACCACCGCCUCCAUCCCCAAGCGCUCCUCCUAGCAACUACUCCCUUCGCAUACAGCGUCCACCUUCUACUCCAGGUUACAUCCCUUCCGGUCCCGCCCUUGAAAUCAAUCAAACAGUCAAUAUCACUGUUGAGGUGACAUCGUCCUCGACCCCCGCAUAUAAUGGCUACGACGUUAGGAAUUACGCCCUUCCAGUAACCACUACCUGUUACUCGACUGAGCCCUCUUCUUCUGCUUCAACAAGCUCAUAUCAGUACAGCAUGUACGAAUCAAUAUCGGAUUUUCCCAGCCACUCUUUCAAUCCACCCUCAUCCGCGGGCACCACCACCACCUCAUCGUCAUCGUCACCACUUCAAGGGUACACACCAUCCACGAGUAGUGCCGCGUCUGCAAACUACAGCCACGCCUCAGAAGGGUAUGCCUCAGAGUGGUACGGGAGUCAGUCUGAAUACCCGGACAGUCAACCCCAAGGUCAGUAGAUAUGUCUACCGUUCUCGCAAGGCUCCCUACUAACUGUCAAAGAAAACCAGACGGGGAGGAGGAGGCAGAGCACCAGGUCCCGCUCGAGCACCCCUCGUCGCAGGCCAUGCUCGAAAGAUUCCUCACGGUAGACUCCGAGAUGGACUCGCUGGUGUAUUUAGCUAGGAUCGCUAUUCGGUGUGGAGAUGUCAGGGACGGGGAAGUGCCCUUGCUGCCAUUUCGGGAGCGGUGAAAGUGCCUAUUUCCUUUGUUUUUUAUUUUCCUUCGUGCUCUUUGCUUUUAUCCUUCGUUUUGGUAUGGCGUUGGGGGCUCUCGGGUAACCCGAGUUCGCUUCAUGUUCCCUUUCCUCGUCUCGCUUGUGAUUUCGGGAAGGUUUGGGGUUUCGGUAUCUUCUUCAUGUAGCUAGCUAUUAUUGAGCUCUUUAUUUUUGGGGGCGUGGAGUCUUUUUUUACCCCUCCAUUUUUAGAUUUUUAGCGAGAGGAGAGGUUCGCCCCAAGGGAGGAUCGACCGUGCCCACGCCUUGUACCGUACACCAGUACGGUACCCGUACGCUGUCUCUAAUGCAAGUGUAUCGUAGCGGUAC